AAUUAGUCAUACUUUAGCGUCUAAUGGUACAAAAUUUGUGGAUGAAGUUCUCAAUGGGCGAAAUGAACAUUGUUUGGAGAAUUUUCGCAUGGAUAAGCAUAUAUUUUACAAGUUAUGCGACAUAUUACAGGCAAGAGGCCUAUUACGUCACACACGAAUCGAAUCAAGAUUGAGGAGCAAUUAGCAAUAUUCAUGUUCAUAAUUGGCCAUAAUCUACGAACUCGUGCAGUUCAAGAGCUAUUCAGAUACUCAGGAGAAACCAUCAGUCGCCAUUUCAACAAUGUUCUUAAUGCAAUUAUGGGUAUCUCAUUAGAUUUCUUUCAGGGUCCGGGGCCUGAUGUUCCACCAGAAGUCCUAGAAGAUCCCAGAUUUUAUCCUUACUUUAAGGAUUGUGUUGGAGCGGUUGAUGGUAUACACAUCCCGGUGAUGGUGGGUGUGGAUGAGCGAGGACCUUUCCGUAACAAAAAUGGUUUCCUUUCACAAAUUGUUUUGGCAUCGUGCUCAUUCGAUUUGAAGUUCCAUUAUGUUCUAGCUGGUUGGGAAGGCUCAGCAGCAGAUUUACGAGUUCUAAAUUCAGCUCUCACAAGGCGUAACAAACUGCAGGUAAAUACUACCUGGUGGGCACCAAAUAUGCGAAUAUCCCAGGCUUUAUUGCUCCGUAUGAUGGUGUUCCCUACGGCCUAAUUGAAUUUGGCGGUAGCCUACAUCCACAGGAUGCCAAAGAGCUAUUCAAUCAUCGACACUCAUUGCUACGCAGCGCUACCAAUUGCACGUUCGGGGCAUUGAAGGCACGGUUCCCAAUCUUGAUGUGCUCUCCUCCUUACCCGUUACUGACGCAAAUGAAGUCAGUCGUAGCGGCAUGUGCUAUACAUAAUUACAUUCGUAAGGAGAAACCAGACGAUUGGAUUUUCAGAAUGUAUGAACAAGAAGCUGAGCUUGAAAUGGAAGAUCCAAUGCCACUGUUAGAAAUUGAACAACAGUCUAUGCUGAAUGACGAGAGCCAAUUUUUGGAUCUUCCUUUUGGAGAAGAAGAACUGGAAUGUGUUUCGCAGUUGCGUGAUUCUAUUGCAGUUGCGAUAUGGAACGACUAUAUUCGUGAAUAAAUUUUAGUUUGUGUGUGAGUGAUUUUCUGACCACAUUGCCCGCUUAGUAAUCAGCUG